UUGUAAGUGGUCGGAUAGUCUUAUAUGUGUCUCUUUUAUUAGAUGUAUGGUCUAAUACCCAACGGAGUAGUACUUCGUCCUCCAGAUGGCAUUGGAAAAUUCUUCACGCAGUAUGGGAUUUACAUAUAUAUAUAUAUAUACAAGCCACAUAAGACACUAGCUGUGAUUGAUUAACUUACGUUACACGAAAUUGAAGAUUUUGUUCCGAUUUGUUCUUAUAGAUGAGUAUGCCUACGAAAACAUUUUCCAAGAUACAGAUUUCGUUGCUGUCGUUGUGGAUUUACUCGUCCAGAAAGCGCCGGACUUAAUUAGAGUUUGUCACUCCGGAUGUACGCAUCUUUAUCAAGUUCACUCACUAGGAAUUAAGUAGGGAUAACUGUUAUAGAAAAUAAUACCUUUAAGGUCGUCAUUGUAUGCUGGGUUAAUCAAGGAGAAUGAGAGAAAUUGGAUGCAGACAAUUAGAUAAAUAUUUUCAUUAGAAAAGGAGCUCGGGACGAAAUGCAUGCUUGAGUUUUUGCCAUGUUGUACGUAGAUUUUUUAUCAGCAAAUAAAAGUUGUAUAAAACACUAUUUUAAUGCGCACAUAAAGCCCACUCCUGGCCACGUCGGAAGAAGGCUUUCCAAUUCCUGAAGCAUAUAAUUGAGUUAAUUGAUAAAAAAUCUUUGAAAAAAUAUUAAGUGCCAAGUAACUGGUAAAGUUUCCCAAGUAGUGAGCAGGGAUCUUGAAAUGUGUACCUUCAAUCAAUAGGGAUCGAAUAUCGUCAAACUAGAAUGACAGAUCGUUAGUCGAACAGCGAAAACAUUACCAAGCGAUAUUUAACGAUAGGACUGGAAUCGACUGUGGAGAAGUUAAUGGUCACACGUAUUCCAGAGAGCGAAGUCCACUAACAGCACACAUUAAGGAGUAUAUAGAUCAUAAUAUUAAGACAUCCAUUCAUACCGUUGAAACUCUUUUACGGGAAGCAUACUACAGCAUUGUAAUGGAGAACAAUUCUAGUGGAGAGAGAGUAAAUGUGAGUUUUGCCCCGGAACUGAAGCACGACUUGGACGUUAUUGCCAUUUAUGCAGUGGCAUAUUCUUUGAUAUUUCUUUUCGCUUUCUUUGGGAAUCUUACCGUGAUUAUUGUGGUGGUCAGACAUCGAUGGAUGCACACAAGGACCAAUUUUUUCAUCGUAAAUCUAGCUGUGGCCGAUCUUUUGGUCGCUCUUGUGGUUAUGCCAAUCAACACAAUGAUAAAUAUAUUUUUUGAUUGGAGAUACGGUGCUGCAUUGUGCAAGUUGACACCGUUCCUUCAAGGGAUAUCUGUCUGUGCCUCUGUGAAUACGCUUGCAGCGAUUGCGAUUGAUAGGUGUCUGGCAAUCUGUUAUCCGCUGAACUAUAAGAUCACAUGGAGGAAUUGUAAAAUCAUAAUGUAUGGCAUCUGGAUGUUCAGCAUUGUACUAAUGAUUCCCAACUUAAUAGUGUAUGAUAUAGACGAGUUCCACCUUUACUCACCGCCGAUGGAUGUUUGCUCACCGAAAUGGCCAUCGGCAACUCUUGAAACGAUCUAUUUUCUUGCUGGAUCAUUACUGUUUUGUUACUCCAUUCCUUUGGCAGUGAUUAUCACGUGUUAUUGUUUAAUUGGCUACAAAGUAUGGAACAGGAAGGCUCCAGGUGUGUACGGAUUAAACGGAAUAAUUCACAGAUCAAAAAUAAAAGUCGUAAAAAUGCUAGUCGUCGUAGUGGUACUGUUUGCAGCCUCGUGGUUUCCACUGUGGGUGGUAUAUAUAAAACUCAGACUUGAUCCUCAUCCAGAUGACAGUUUCUUGUUGUUUAAUUACGUUAUUCCAAUCUGCCAGUGGCUUGGAUCCGCCAACAGUGGGAUUAAUCCCAUUAUAUACAGCCUGUUUAGUAGAAAAAUUCGUAUGAGAAUAAAAACAAUGAUAAUGUGCAGAAGUACAGAAUACGAAGUCCCUCGACAUCUUAGUUCAUACGCUAGUACACGUUAUGUUUCAGUUGAUUAUACCAAUGGUCACGUGACUCUUCGGACAAACGGGUUACAAAAAGAACGGAAAUCCUCGCGAACAGAUAGACUAUUUAAUAAUGUUUACGACUGAUUUAUUUUCAUUGCAGCUCUGUUCUCCAUAUAACUGUUACCGCAUUAAACGAUUAAUUAUCCCA